AUGCUGACUUCAAUAAACCUAGUUUCGCGAAUGCAGGGAGCAAUGGCCACUUCGAAAACAUUGCGAUACGCACAAGUUGCUUGUGCUUGUAUUUGGUGUCUUUUCUCCGCUGGCAUUGUAUUUGGAUUUGCUGCUUUGAAGCCCAUUUUGAUUUCAGAAGGUGUUUACCACGAAUUGUGUGAUCCAGAAGACGGUGAUGGCUUGCUAUGUACUGCCCAAGACCUGAAGUUAAACUUCAUAUUUGCUCUGGGUGCCACUGUAACGAACGUCAUGGCUCUACCCGUGGGGAAGAUUCUCGAUAUAUAUGGACCUCGUGUUUGCGGUUUGAUCGGAUCAGGGUUCCUAUUCCUAGCGUGUGGUAAUUUCAUUUCUGCUAGACAUUUGACGUCUGUCUGGGACCCCUAUGUUGUGGGUUACACACUGUUGGCCAUUGCAGGCCCAUUUGUAUUCAUAUCAUGUUUCCAAUUGGCCAAUAGCUUCCCACAAAGAUCGGGGACUAUAUUGGCUUUAUUAACGGGAUCUUUUGAUUCAUCAUCUGCUUUGUUUUUGAUAUAUAGACUACUGUAUCAAAAUCGGUACCCUGAUCUACGUGUUUCCAAAUUUUUCACUAUUUAUUUAUUGGUGCCGUUGUUUAUCCUUGUCUGCCAACUUACUGUCAUGCCCCAUUCUUCCUACAAGACCGUAAACCACAUUGCCAAGAUUGCUGUGGAAGGCCUAGAUGAAAAUGGAAGGCUUGUUGAGGGCGAUACAGGAUCUAAUAUCAUUCCUGAUGAGCAGGAGCGUCAAGCGUUGAUUGCAAUGGAGGAGGACGAAGAGGGUAGGACGCCUAACGUCACACCAAGGAGAAGGAAAUCAGUACUUGAAACUUAUGUUGAAGGAAAACUGCAGAAAAAAUCCGGAGGUAUAUUUGGGGUCCUGCAUGGGAAAUCUGCCUUAGAGCAGAUAAAAAGUCCGUGGUUUUAUUUAAUGCUUUUAUUUGCACUUGUUGCCAUGCUAAGAAUAAACUAUUUUAUCGCUACCGUCAGAACUCAAGAAGAAUAUCUGUUGAAUGAUAGGAAGCUCGCACUAAAAUUGAACUCUAUUUUCGAUGUGUUGCUUCCAAUUGGUGGCGUUGUUUCUAUACCGUUCAUCGGGUUGCUCUUGGAUCAUACAGAUACUUUAACCACUCUUACAGUAUUAUUCACUACUUCUACUGCCAUAGGUAUAUUCGGGUUGAUUCCAAAUUCUUUCACCUUUAAUCUAAUAGGGAUAGCCCUCCUGGUAGUAUAUAGACCAUUCUAUUACACUGUUGUUUCCGACUAUUCUUCCAAGGUUUUUGGAUUCGACACAUUUGGUACUGUUUAUGGAUUACUGUCUUGUGUUUGUGGGAUUUUCAACAUGGGCCAAAAUUUAUUAGAUAAAUGGACGCAUACCACAUUCAACAUGAACCCAUUCCCUAUAAAUCUUGUCUUGGUAAUUUUCACCAUCGUAUUUUCACUAACCAUUACAUUUUUUAUUAGGGCGCAGAUCUUGCAUAAGCCUAGGGAAGAAAGAGUACUGUCCUCAGACUAUCAAUCUAUUUAA